UUGUCUACUUCCAUUAGAGUUGCAAGUUUUCAACUCUCCUUUGUAGGCAGCAACAGUAAUGGCUGCUGGGGCUUCGGUUGAACAGGUUUCAACAACGAAGGCCCACCUUCCCUGGAAGGUCGACUCCCCUACUUGAUUGGAGCUAACUGCAUGGGAUCUAGCCAUGCUCUCCACUCACUACAUGCAAAUCUGCAUUGUCUUUCCCAAGCCACCCAUGCCGUUGGACGACACCAUCCGUCGCCUGCAAACCUCCCUCUCCGACAGCCUCCUGCACUUUCCCUUCUUGUCCGGCCGACUAGCCACGGACCCCGAGACCACCACCUACGUGGAUUGCAAUGACACAGGAGUUGAGUUCACCGUCUCCAAGGCGGCCGGACUGUGCAUCUCUGACCUGGUUUCCGACGUCGUUCCGGAAACCAUAAACUCAUUUUUCCCUUUGGUUAGUGCCAUCGGCUACGACGGCCAUUAUCGUCCCCUUCUUGCCGUCCAGGUGACAGAGGUGGUGGACGGAGUAGUGAUAGGCUGCUCGAUGAACCAUGUGAUCGGAGACGGCGGGUCCUUCUGGCACUUUGUCGAGUCAUGGUCUGAGCUGAGCGCCGGCGCCAAGACCAUAACCCGACCGCCGGUGACGGAGCGGCCACCGAUCCAUAAGGAAGUGGGUCGGAUCCGGUUCACCGUCUCCGAAAAGAAUAUGGACCGAACCUUGCCACCACCAUUCAAGGUCCGCAUUUUCCGCUUCACUAGCAAAGGUGUAGCUCGUGUGAAGGCCAAGGCCAACCAGCAACUCAAGCACCCGAAAUGCGGGGAAGUCUCAUCUCUCCAGGCGAUCACCGCCCUAAUGUGGCGGUCCAUGAUGCGCGCCAAGAAUCUACCGACGGAGCUGAUCACCCUCUGCAUAAUGAACGUCGGUUGUCGCUGCAGACUGGAGCCGCCGUUGCCGGAGGAGUAUUUCGGCAACUGCGUGCAGCCACUCAUGGUGCACGCCAAGGUCGGUGAGCUCUUGGGUUACGACCUCGGCUGGGCGGGUCGAGCCCUGCAUCGUGGCAUUGCGGCCCAAAUGGCCGAUGCCGUCCGCAAUCGUGUGAAAGGAUGGGUGAAGAUGCCAUAUAUGGCAACAGCCGGCCGGUACCGAACAUCAUUGUGGUGGGAGGCUCCCCAAGGGAGGACAUAUAUGGGAUCGACUUCGGGUGGGGAACGGGUUUUGCUGUGCUCAGCGGACCGGAGAGCAAGUUUGAUGGGGGAAUUGCAGCUUUCCCUGAAAACUGUGGGAGUGGAAGCAUCGAUUUACAGGUUUGCUUGGCCCCUUGAGCGCCUUGGAGUCAGAUGAGGAGCUCUUGGAUGCACUCAACGCUGCCUAAGCCUAACUUUUUUUUAUCCAUCUAUCUAUCUAUCUUAAUGCUUGCAUAUCAACAUAUGUAACUGGCAACAUUAAUUACAGCACCUAUGGGUCCGUUCAAGUUCAUUUAAUGAAUCAUCUUUGUUGCUAGUAA